AUGCUCUCUAGGAAGGAAUUGUUCAAGGACACUCUGAGAAAAGCAGCCCAUGCGUGGAAGCGGAUCGUCGAGCUACGUCUUACUGAAGAGGAAGCAAAUUUGUUGAGACAAUAUGUCGACCAGCCUGGUUAUGUUGAUCUGCAUUGGGGCAUGUUCGUGCCAGCUAUAAAAGGGCAAGGAACUGAGGAGCAGCAGCAGAAGUGGUUACCACUGGCUUACAAGUUCCAAAUAAUUGGGUGCUAUGCUCAGACGGAACUUGGUCACGGCUCAAACGUUCAGGGCCUUGAAACAACUGCUACAUUCGAUCCAAAGACUGAUGAGUUUGUCAUCCACAGUCCAACUCUCACGUCCAGCAAAUGGUGGCCUGGUGGCUUGGGGAAAGUUUCCACCCAUGCAGUGGUGUACGCUCGGUUGAUAACUGAAGGAAAUGACUAUGGCAUACAUGGUUUCAUUGUGCAACUGCGAAGCUUAGAGGAUCACUCCCCACUUCCAGGUGUUACCCUCGGUGAUAUUGGUGGGAAGUUUGGUAGUGGUGCAUAUAACAGUAUGGAUAAUGGUGUUCUUCGAUUUGAUCAUGUGCGCAUCCCAAGGGACCAAAUGCUGAUGAGGCUUUCACAAGUUACAAGGGACGGGAAAUAUGUUCACUCAAAUGUUCCAAAGCAGCUGCUGUAUGGGACAAUGGUUUAUGUUCGUCAGUCAAUUGUUGCAGAUGCUUCUAAGGCUUUGUCCCGUGCUGUUUGCAUUGCUGUACGAUACAACGCAGUCCGAAAGCAGUUUGGCUCUCAAGAUGGUGGCCCUGAGACUCAGGUCCUUAAUUACAAGACUCAACAGAGCAGACUCUUUCCAUUGCUGGCUUCAGCAUAUGCAUUUAGAUUUGUGGGUGACUGGCUGAACUGGCUAUACACGGAUGUCACUCAGAAAUUGGAAGCCAAGGACUUCUCAACACUGCAGGAAGCUCAUGCAUGCACUGCUGGUUUGAAGGCUGUGACAACAUCUGUAACAGCUGAUGCAAUUGAAGAAUGCCGGAAGCUCUGUGGUGGACAUGGUUACUUGAACAGCAGUGGGCUUCCUGAAUUGUUUGCCGUCUAUGUUCCUGCUUGCACUUACGAAGGAGACAACAUUGUUUUACUUUUGCAGAACAUAAGCCAAGCUGCAAGCCAAGAGGAAGGUUUCUACGAGCGGUCCCCAGAUUUGCUUGAGGCUGCGGUAGCCCACAUCCAGCUGAUCAUCGUGACCAAGUUCGUCGAGAAGGUGCAGCAGGACAUUCCUGGACACGGGGUGAAGGAACAGCUCCAGACCCUCUGCAACGUGUACGCGCUGCACAUCCUCCACAAGCACCUGGGCGACUUCCUGGCGACUGGGUGCAUCACGCCCAGGCAGGGAGCGCUGGCAAACGAGCAGCUGGGCAAGCUGUACGCGCAGGUGCGGCCGAGCGCUGUGGCGCUGGUGGAUGCGUUCAACUACACGGACCACUACGACGGGGACGUGUACCCGGCGCUGUGCGAGGCGGCGUGGAAGGACCCGCUGAACGAGACGGUGGUGCCGGAGGGGUACCACGAGUACCUCCGCCCCCUCAUCAGGCAGCAGCAGCUCAAGCUCUCGAGGCUCUGA